ACGCACAAAAACGUUUCCUUAGCCACCAGUCUUCAGUUACUAGGUUCUUCCACUGGGUAGAGACUAGAGAGAGGUUGAAGAAGAGAUGUCGUGCCUGGCCUGCUUCGCCUCAUGCUGUGCAACUAUGACCUGUGGCCUCUGCACAUCAGUGGCCUCGGGUGUAUCCAGGAAAUCCGCAAGACUCGCUUACUGUGGUCUCUUUGGUCUUUCUCUGAUCGUUUCUUGGAUUUUCAGAGAAGUUGCUGCUCCGCUCUUGGAGAAACUCCCUUGGAUAAAAUCUUCUGAUGCUCACUCAAAGGAAUGGUAUCAAAUACAGGCAGUACUUCGCGUGAGCUUGGGCAAUUUCUUAUUUUUCGCAAUAUUUGCUCUAAUAAUGAUUGGCGUGAAAGACCAAAAUGAUAGACGUGACUCUUGGCACCAUGGUGGAUGGAUUGCAAAGAUGGUGAUCUGGCUUUUACUGGUUGUCCUCAUGUUUUUCAUGCCCAACGUCAUUAUCUCAAUCUAUGGAACUAUAUCAAAAUUUGGAGCAGGGCUAUUUUUGUUGGUUCAAGUGGUUAUAUUGCUAGACUUUACACACUCAUGGAAUGAUGCAUCGGUUGAGAAAGAUGAACGGAAAUGGUAUAUUGCUUUACUUGUUGUAUCAGUUGCGUGCUACCUUGCAGCGUUCACAUUUUCUGGCAUUUUGUUUUUAUGGUUCAACCCAUCAGGGCAUGACUGUGGCCUCAAUGUCUUCUUCAUUGUCAUGACCAUGAUCAUUGCAUUUGCUUUUGCUAUAAUCGCAUUACAUCCCACGGUUAAUGGAAGCCUCUUGCCUGCUUCAGUGAUUUCGGUGUAUUGUGCUUAUGUUUGCUACACGGGUCUCUCCAGUGAACCACGUGACUAUGUGUGCAAUGGUCUUCACAACAAAACAAAAGCAGUCUCCACAAGUACACUUGUGCUUGGGAUGCUUACGACAGUUCUCUCAGUCCUAUACUCUGCUGUUCGUGCUGGUUCUUCAACAACAUUUCUAUCACCACCAUCUUCACCUAAGUCAUCAGCUGCAAAGAAACCUCUUCUCGAAGAAGAGUUGGAAGAAGGAAAAGAAAAGAAGGAAAAAGAAGCGCAGCCUGUUAGUUAUUCGUAUACAUUCUUCCACCUGGUAUUUGCCUUGGCCAGCAUGUACUCAGCAAUGCUUCUUUCGGGAUGGACGAACUCAUCCGAAAGCUCUGACCUGAUUGACGUGGGGUGGAUGUCAGUUUGGGUUCGGAUAUGCACUGAAUGGGUCACUGCUGCACUCUAUGUGUGGACCCUUUUAGCCCCAUUGCUUUUCCCUGAUCGUGAGUUCUUCUAGUAUUCUUUAUGACUUCAUAUUUCCAAUGUCCUCAAACUGUUUCCGGAGUUGUUGCAUGCCCGUGCGCUCUCUUUAGGUUGUUUGGAGGUACGGAUUUGAACAAAUUAUAUGUAAAUAAUUAAAAAAAAAAAAAACUAGUAGUAGCCGUUGUAUGAUAUGAACUGAAUUUAUUUGUUUGUUUAUUACAAAUAUUUGUAAUCUUAUUGUUUGA